AUGGCGGACAGCGUUAUAACAAGUUGGCCAGUGAUACUGAACAGAUCACUCGAAAACAGCGACAUUCAUCGACUUCUGAUGCAAUAUCAUAAAGUUCGGGGUAAUCAUAAAUCAGAAUGAACUUUAAGUUUUUUUAAUUUUACAUUCCAAAUAGACACCCACUGUAAGUUAUAUAUCGAAAAUCUUAUAGUUACAGACACAACGGGCCAUGGAGUGAUAAUUUUUCCACUCUCUUCCGUCGCCUUCAUGAUUAUGCCUUUGGAUCAGGUACUGACGGAGAACCAGGAAAAGCAUUUAAUUAACGAAGAUACCAUAGAGAGGUAUAACCAAACGUUCCGAAGUUUUGCCUUACCCUUAAUAAUUGAACUAAAAAAACUGCAAAAUCUUAACGCGAGCUUAUUGAAUUCAGAAUUUUAUUUUCACUGAGUUACUGUCUUAAAUUAUAAUCAUUUUUUUCCUUAGGAUACACAAACUAAACCAGUUACAUCGCAAAGCCUAUGUUAUUCUUGUGGCUGCUUUUAUGGGGCCUGAACAAAUAAAAGCUUGGACAGCCUUGCAAAGCAGGUGAAAGUUUACGAAGUGUAGACACAAUUCUGGUCACCAAAAAAUAAUUACGUUGAAUAACACCAUGUUCAGCCAAAGUUAUAACAUACGACACCAACAAAUGCAUCAAGACACUUCAAAAGGUGUUUUCCCCAUAAACUAAAUACUUGUAAAUGGGAAAAAAAAAUUCGUGACGUUAAGUUUCGUUUUCCUACUCCAAGCUUGUUUCACUCAGGGCUAGACCCCGAAGAAAACUUUACAUAGUUAACAACUAUUUUCCAAAAUGGAGGUUGCUUGUGGUGGAUAUCUACCAAGUCAUGAAGUGGCAAGGGAAAUCUUCACUGCUAGCCACUGACACUGAGGUGAAUACUUAAACAGUGAGAUAAUAUGACACAAAAAGAUAAUUUUCACUCAUUUAUGCCUGCAGUGAUUAUAAUCACAAUGGUGUAAAUCCAUAUUGGUGAGUUGUGGGUAUUCAAAACCCAACUUCAAGAAGAAUUUUCAGGCAUGGCAGAAAUUUUGUCAAAUCCUGACCAUAUGGGAACCUCAUACAAUCUACAGUAACUAUAAUAUUACUAGAUUCUUAGGAACAAGUUCAAGGUUUAUUCCUGCCCACAGUGCCAAAGAAUGCUUUGAAUGCAUGAUGACUAUUUCUAAGGUGUGUAAGAUAAGCUUCAGAAGAUAAAAUAUUUCUUUGUUAAAUAGAUGACUCAAAUGAUGUCUACCUGGCAUGAGGUAAACUUGCACUACAUUUAGCCUUGGUUUCUCUCUGUGCUCUUGGUCACAUAGGGCCAUCAUCAUCAGUCAGAGACCAUCACCUCUUUACUUUCACUAUUAAUUGAUGAGUCAGUUGGAAAUUACAUGGAAGACAGCUCUCAGUUAACCUCUUGCUGCCAACCCCGCAGGGAAGUCCUGUGCCAACAUACAUUGAUUUAUAAUAUUUAAGAAUUCUAACUUGUUUUGAGACUGAGAGCCAGGUUAAUUUGCUUACCCAGAGCUGCAGAUUAUGUUGUUACUCUCUAACCUUGAACAAACUGAGUAUGUCAUGUAGGCACACAAACUGCAAAUUGCAUGGUGUACUUAGUACAUCAUGCCAAUAGGGUAGAGGUUGAAAAUUGACAGCAAUAGUUAAAUGUCUGUCAACUAUUAAGCAACAUCUGGUCUACUAUCAACCUAUAUGUUAACAAGGCUACCUAUAUUACAUUGACCCUGUUCCCAGGUCUCUCCCUUCUUUGAGGAAAUGAGACCCCAGGAACAAAGUUGAUAUUGGACCUGAUCUUGUAUUUCCACUUGUACUGACAGAGUGUAAAUCCAUCAUAGACAGACAUUGCUUUAGCUGACCAAGGUUCUUCCUCUGCUGUUUCUAUCAGAGCCUAGACCUUGAUCCUCUGAGGCAGAGGGUGCACGAGGCUUUAUUUCAGAAACAGAGUCUGGUUAAUCAAACCUAAAGCUGACCAUUGGGCCACUGAACGGGCACCUGCUAAAGCCUGAGUGCAGUUGAACCAACAAUGUUUUGAAUUGUAGAGGUGAUUGUUUAUAAAAACUUUGUCUAUAUCUAAGAACUGUUUUUUUGUAUCUAGGUUACUAGCAAGCCCAUGGUAGGAGUGAUCCAAGAAAGAAUGAAGAGGCUCCAAGAGUCCACAAUCAAUGACAACAUUGUUCUUGGUGCCCUAGCUACUAUAGGUCUAAGUAAUCAUGGUAUCCUUUGGUUAAAAGCUUGUCUCCUUACAAUGGAACUUUUUCCCCAUUCUUUGUCUCCCUCUAUACUGUUAAAUCAAGAAGAACUUUGA